UGGCCCCGCCCUCUCUACCUGAUAGGCUGAGGCUGCCCACCAAGGUAGCGGCUCCAGCCGUUCCCGUCAGGCGGCUCUUUGCAUGGGGCCGGGUUCGGUCUCCGCUCCGGCGAGGCCUCGCCUGCGACAGGCUGCGCCUUCCCACAGCGGCAGCCGCCAGUAACAGGCCCCUGCGAGGCAGCAGAAGCAGCGAGAGCGACAUGGUCCUUUAAGAUGAGAGAACCCCCCCAUGGUGUGUGCUCGUGAUGGAUGCCACUUUGCCCGCCCUAGCAGAAGAACUGUUGAAAGAGAUUGAAAAGGCUUUUCGCGAGACUUCACAUGUCCCUGAUGACCUCCUCAUGGCGCUUAAAUUCAUCUUUGGCGCUUCUGCCCUCCCUGCUUUGGACUUGGUCGACCGCCAGUCGGUCACGCGAAUGGUCUCACCCAGCGGAAGGACUGUCUACCAGGUGGCUGGCAGCUCAGGAAAACUCUACACUUGUUAUGCCUCCUGUCACUUCUGCACUUGCCCGGCCUUCACGUUUUCCGUCCUGCGGAAGGGCGACAGCCUUGUGGUAACGUUAGAAGCCAUCGAGUGGACAGAUUGCUGCCUGGAUGACCGAAGACAGAUCAACAUGUUCCACUCAAGAAGAUGGUGCAAUGUGUCUCCUGCCCUGAAUGGUGUGCAUUUCCAACCCUUAAGAAGAAAACCCACUGAAAUUGGACAGCGAGGCAAACAGCAUCAUUUUUUGGCAGAAGACAAACUGCAGUGGAAUGGAAACACGCCGCACGGGACAAAUGCAGGGUGGAAAGCAAUGCUUCCAUCCCUACUCCCAGAACUGGCCACAAAGCUACACAGGAAGGAUUGGAAAAGAAUGGGCCGUGGCAGUAUCGAAGCCCAGAAUGAGAAACCCGCUUGCGGAGGAGUUUCCACCAAAAUGAGGAAAUUCCACACAGCCAUAUCAGGAUAAACAAGAGCCGGAGCACUUAAAUAAUGGCCCAACUGCUAAUGACAUGAUUAACGAAGACAAGGCUAAUGAUACUAAGAGACAAGAGCAAAGGAACAGGAGUUAGUCCAUCAGCAGCCCAGAUACAAGAGACCCUUUUUUCUGUUUCCACAUACCUUGUCUUCCCAAAAGGGGGGAUGAAGCUCAGGGGAUCCGCAAGGGGAAACCCCCAGCACUGUGACAAUCCACAGACUCCCUUCUGCUAAGAAAUCGCUUGGGGUCUCUGGGAUAAAGAGGAAUCAGAUUCUUGAGAGGUGCAAGACAUCACAUCCCCUGAGCUUAUCCAAAGUGUCAUAACGUCAACAGGCUGGAGGAGACAGGAAGGACAGCUGGUGUCAACGGCAUAAGGCCUCCGACGUGCACAGCGAGGAUGCCCUGGGCUAGUGUCACAGAGAUUGAGAACGUGUUUUGCACAAAAGCUGAAGGUUUUGUUAUUGAAAGCGGAAGUCCCUGGCUGAAACUGACCCCUCCCUGCGCUUUGUGCUACGUGUUACUUUUUAGAUUAGAUAGAUAGAUAGAUAGAUAGAUAGAUAGAUAGAUAGAUGAUAGAAUUGUCACAUUCAAUUCUCCAUCGGAAUUGUAGAAUAGGGCUGGAGAAAUGUGUCAGUCAGCUCUUUUAACCAGUCUUAAAUUCAGUUCACUAAAUUUUUGCAUCAGUUUGCGAAUUCUCUUUUAAAAGCUUUAGGCAAUCCCUGAGAUACUCCACUAAUAAAGCCUUAAGAACAUAAGAAUGGAAGAAGAGCCCGUCUGCUGGAUCAGGCCAAAGGGGGCCUGCCUAGUCCAGCAUCCUGUUGCCAGAGCGGCCAAACCAGAUGCUUCUGCUGGGAAGCCCACAAGCAAGACCUGAUUGCAACAGCCGCUCUUCCCCACUUGUGAUUCACAGCAACUGGGAUUCAGAGAGGCAGAUUGCUUUCUUUGCAAAGGAAUAGACUAUUCACUUGAGGGAAGUUGCCUCCCCAACUUAGUAGGAGACUAUUCUAUUAUGGAGAAACCUUGAUUAGUAAUGCAUUUCAGGGAGACAAUUUCUGGAGUUGUGGAAGAUUGAGCUUCUCAGUGUGGCUCCAGAAGGACAGUUGACUUCACCAACCUCGUGCCUGCCAGACGGCAACUCCCAUCAGCCCUGGCUGCUACAGACAUGCUGGCUGGGGCUGAUGUAGUCCAAAACACGGCCGUGUCAGGUUGGGCUGAUGUCCAAAACAUCUGGAGGGCACCAGGUUGGCAAAAGCUGCCCCACUUUUCUGUGCUGUUGAGGGGAAAACAAGUAAGCCAGCCAGCUCACGUCUGGGGAAUGCAUGGGCUGCCCCCACCUCACAGGCUCAGCUCUCCCUCUACCAAAUCAUCAUCAUCAUCACAUAGAGAGUUUUGGCUUAUGAGGGGAAGGGGGCCUUCCUUUUUGCUUUGGAGACAAUCGUGCUAGGAAGUGAAGCAGCUAUAAAAUUAAAGUCUCACUGAAGCGCUGGCCAAAAAUUACAGAUGCCUUUUGUGUGUGUGUGUGGGGGGGUUGGAUGGCUGCUUCAGGAGCAGCAGGGA